ACACCUAUUAUUAUUAUUAUUGUUGUUAUUAUUAUUGAAGGGUUGGGGGAGCACAGAAGAUUUCCUCACCAACCCCCCCCCACCAACUCUCCCACCUUUUGGGCUUUUCUUUCCCUCCAUUUUGGGGGGCUGUUGCUCCAUUAUCAUCAUUCGGUGGAAGGACGUGGCUGUUAUAUGAAGACGGUGUGUGGACAGUAAUGACCGCACGUUUCCGAUUGCCUGCUGGCAGAACCUACAAUGUACGAGCAUCUGAGCUGGCACGAGACAGACAGCAUACCGAGGUGGUCUGCAAUAUUCUUCUUCUGGAUAAUACUGUGCAAGCAUUCAGAGUUAACAAACAUGAUCAGGGUCAAGUUCUGUUGGAUGUAGUUUUUAGGCAUCUUGAUCUGACUGAGAGGGACUAUUUUGGUUUACAAUUGGCUGAUGAUUCUACUGAUAACCCGAGGUGGCUGGAUCCAAACAAGCCAGUCAGGAAACAACUGAAGAGAGGAUCUCCUCACAGUUUGAACUUCAGAGUCAAAUUUUUUGUAGGCGAUCCUAAUAAACUUCAAGAAGAAUACACACGGUACCAAUAUUUUUUGCAAAUCAAACAAGACAUUCUGACUGGAAGAUUGCCCUGCCCUUAUAAUACUGCUGCACUCUUGGCUUCCUAUGCUGUUCAGUCUGAACUGGGAGACUACAACUUUUCAGAGAACUUCCCUGGCUACCUUUCAGACUACUCUUUCAUCCCUGGCCAGCCUCAAGACUUUGAAAAAGAGGUAUCCAAACUACAUCAGCAGCAUAUAGGUUUGUCUCCAGCUGAAGCAGAAUUUAGUUAUCUCAGCACAGCUCGAACAUUAGAACUCUAUGGAGUUGAAUUGCACUAUGCACGGGAUCAAAGUAACAAUGAAAUUAUGAUUGGAGUAAUGUCGGGCGGCAUAUUAAUUUAUAAGAACAGGGUACGAAUUAACACCUUCCCAUGGUUGAAGAUUGUCAAAAUUUCUUUUAAAUGCAAGCAGUUUUUUAUUCAGCUUAGAAAAGAAUUGCAUGAAUCUAGAGAAACCUUGCUUGGGUUCAACAUGGUGAAUUAUCGAGCCUGUAAGAAUUUAUGGAAAGCUUGUGUAGAGCACCACACCUUUUUCCGAUUAGACCGACCACUGCCACCCCAGAAGAACUUCUUUGCACAUUAUUUUACUUUGGGUUCAAAGUUCCGGUACUGUGGGAGAACAGAGGUCCAGUCUGUACAGUAUGGAAAAGAAAAGGCAAAUAAAGACAGAAUAUUUGCCAGAUCUCCAAGUAAACCUCUGGCUCGUAGAUUAAUAAGUGGAAUGGAUUGGGAGGUUGUCAGCAGAAAUUCAUUGUCUGAUGAGCGGUUAGAAACUCAGAGCUUGCCAUCACGUUCUCCACCUGGAACCCCUAACCAUCGCAACUGUACUUUUACUCAAGAGGGAAAUCGUUUACGGCCAUCUUCAGUUGGACAUCUAGUGGACCAUGUUGUCCAUACUUCGCCAAGUGAGGUUUUUGCAAAUCACCAAUCUCCUUCUUCCACACAAGCCAACAGUAUCAUUCUAGAAUCACCACCAUCUCAAGAGACCCCAGUAGAUGGGAAACCACCUGCACUGCCACCUAAACAAUCUAAAAAGAACAGUUGGAACCAAAUUCAUUACUCGCAUUCUCUACUGGAACUGGAUAACCAUAUAAAUGAAACAUAUGAUGAUGAUUCUUCCUCUUCUCCUGAAAAAUCUACACCCAAUGGUGGGAUUCCACAUGACAAUCUUGUUCUAAUCAGAAUGAGACCUGAUGAAAAUGGAAGAUUUGGUUUCAAUGUAAAGGGUGGGUAUGACCAGAAGAUGCCAGUCAUAGUAUCCAGGGUGGCUCCAGGAACACCUGCAGAUACUUGUGUCCCUCGCUUAAAUGAAGGUGACCAAGUUGUAUUGAUUAAUGGCAGGGAUAUCUCAGAACAUACCCAUGAUCAAGUUGUCAUGUUUAUUAAAGCUAGCUGUGAACGGCACUCAGGUGAACUUGUACUCCUAGUUCGACCCAACGCUGUUUAUGAUGUGGUAGAAGAGAAGCUGGAGAGUGAACCAGACUUUCAGUACAUCCCAGAGAAGUCCCCACUUGAUGGAGUCCACCAGGAUGACAAUGCUCUGAGAGAAUCAAUGUUUCAGCUGGCAGAGGGACUUGUUACUGGAACUGUGCUGGCUCAGUUUGAUCAACUUUAUAGGAAGAAGCCUGGAAUGACAAUGUCUUGUGCCAAAUUACCUCAGAACCUUUCCAAAAAUAGAUACAGAGACAUUUCGCCUUAUGAUGCUACACGGGUCAUUUUAAAGAGUAAUGAUGAUUACAUCAAUGCAAAUUACAUAAAUAUGGAAAUCCCUUCUUCCAGUAUAAUAAAUAAAUACAUUGCUUGCCAAGGUCCUUUACCCAACACAUGUCCUGAUUUUUGGCAGAUGACCUGGGAACAAGGUUCAUCUAUGGUUGUUAUGUUAACCACUCAAGUGGAACGGGGCAGAGUCAAAUGUCAUCAGUACUGGCCAGAGCCCAGUGGAAGCUCCUCAUAUGGGAAUUUCCAAAUUACUUGCCAUUCAGAAGAAGGAAAUCCUGCUUAUGUCUUCAGAGAGAUGACAUUGUAUAACUUGGAGAAAAAUGAAAACCGUCAGCUCACUCAAAUCCAGUACAUCGCGUGGCCUGAUCAUGGGGUUCCUGACGAUUCCAGUGAUUUCCUGGAUUUUGUAUGCCUUGUCCGGAAAAAAAGGGCUGGCAGAGAAGAACCAGUUGUUGUUCACUGCAGUGCUGGGAUUGGACGAACCGGCGUUCUUAUCACUAUGGAAACAGCUAUGUGUCUUAUUGAGUGUAGCCAGCCUGUUUAUCCCUUGGAUAUUGUGAGAACAAUGAGAGAUCAAAGGGCCAUGAUGAUCCAAACUCCUAGUCAAUACAGAUUCGUUUGUGAGGCUAUUUUGAAAGUGUAUGAAGAAGAACUUGUUAGACCUUUAAAGACAUCACUGCAUUAAUAGAAAGCAAAAGAUACUUUUCAGAAGAAUCCAUGUAAGACUGCACUACUGGUGCCACAACAUUGCUUGCAAGAAAUGGUGUCUGAAAACAAUGAAGAACUGAAAUGGACUUGGAAAAACUUCAGCACUAUUGCACUUUAUGUUGAAACUGAGAACUGAUCUCUAAAACACUAUGAUUUUUCCUCUGUUGGAAGACUCUCUUCAUGCUUUGCUUUGAACAAACCACAGACUGAAUAAACUCUGUGCAUUCUGGAUAGCUUUCCAGAAUUCGUUGUAGUGCCAUAUAGUCCCGUUGGUUUGAACUGCUGCAAAAGAAAGGCUUGGGAUACUUUCACUCUUUAUUUGACAUCUCUUUUUAAAGCAACAACAAUACACCAAAAGCCAUUUCUUCCAGUGCUAAUUUUGUUUGCCGUUAAGAUUUUUGUUGUCUUUUAUUUUGGUGAAACGUUAGCAAUAUUGUUACUACUAGAUACACUGCCUAUGGAAGCAGCACAUUUUGCCCUAUGCUCUUCUAAAAAUCUAAACUGAUUAGUUCUGGAAAGCUGCAGUUUGUUUUAACCCAGCAGUUGCAUAAAGGCCCAUUUAACAAGCAGCCUGGUUUAGCUUGCGGUAGGAAGAAUAUUUAUUUUGAAUUGGUAGCUAUGUUUCUCAACAUGUCAUAACAUUUGUGUAUUUGGAAACAUCUGAUGACAUCACCUAAUCAGAAUUGCAUGAAUUUUGUCUUAACCCCUGAAGUGCCUAGAGACUUACAGUGUAUGUCUUAAUGGCACGGCACCUGUAUUGGUCCCAAAGGGGAAAUAUGACCAUGGUUACCUUUAUUUACUUUUGCAGAUUCACAUUUUAACCAUCACCGUUGGUGCUUAGAAUGUGGUACUAGCAGAGCAGAGUCAUAGAAAUACCAUUCCUUCUUUUUCUACAAGUACCUGCAUGCUCCUGUGGGUAGCAAAAGCAUCCUGGCCUAUUAAAUACGUGAUCAUUGUUUACUACUCUGAAAUGAAGUGGAAAAUCUAAUACAUUCCUUUCCAGUAGUAAAAUGUUAGCAAAAAACAAAAAGGCAAUAUAGAUUUCUAGAUUUUGUUCCUUACUUUUCACCCCUACACUUGGGGGUGGGGAGCUUUGUAGAUAGAGUAGGACAUGACUUUCUGAUAACAUCAGUCUCCCAAUUUUUAACAUACAAAUUCAAAGUGAUCCUUCUUCAAAGCAUCUGCAGUUUUUCAACUCAUACUGGAGUGUGUUUUUUUAAAAAAGGCAGAAAAGAGGAAGGAGGAGUGAAAUGCCACCAUCCCCCUCCCCAUAUGCAACCUUUCUGUAUGUUUGUUAGGGUUUUCUGUGUUGCUUUCUUUAGUAAAACUAAUAUUUGUUUCUCUCCUUUUAAAUUUGCUAGACAGUUGGAGGCAUCUCAUCUCAUUCAAGGGCCAUAUGUAUGUUUUUGUCUUUAAAACUCACAUUUAUUCCUAGGACCGCAAAAACCAGUUUGCGAGUGAGGAUGUCCUGGAUUCAGUAUAGGAUUCAGUUCUCUAUGAAGACUUAAUCUGGCUUGUAUUUAAAUGUUUUAAUUAAUGAUCCUAUUUUUAAAAAAACAACAACAGGAUAUGAAUAAAUUGGAAUAUUUUUAAGAUGCCUUUUAAAAGAAACUAUCAUGCCAAGAGAGAAAGAGAUAGAUACAUUCAAGUUGGAUGAAGACUUCACUCUUUUAAGAAGGGCCCUGUAUGGAGUUCCCUGCAUGCAGAGUCAUUCCUCCAGGAUUAAAGCAUUCUACAAAUAGAAGGCUGUUUUCACAUUUUCGAAGAUCUUUUAUUUGAAGAAUGUGAUGUCUGCCAGGAUGUAGAAAAUACAUUCCCAGUUAAUUUAAAUUCUGUAGUGCAAAGUUGUAGCAACCCCAUGCCAGAAUACCAAAUGAAAGAGAAAGUGGUCAAGGUUUAAUUUUUUUAAAGGAAAAAUCUUGAUUGUUUUAAUUAUUUAAAACCAAAUUCCAGAGGGCCAAAACAGACUGUAGAAAUAAUCCAUCUUGAAGC